AUCUACAAUAAUUUCCCGAUAUAUAGAAAUUUGAGUAGCGUGUUUUGGUAGAGUGUCAUUUCCUCGAUUUAGGGUUAAACCCGACGGGCGGCCGGCGCUGAGGAACAGAAUUGAAGCAAGCAUGAGCAGCAUUUACCCGUAUGCGAGACUUGAACAUGGCAGCGUUGUUUAUCAAAGCAGUGAAAACACCUACCGAAGCAGAUCCCGCGUGGACGUAAUUCCGAUCAAAGUCCAGCGAUGGAAGGCAUAUGCCAACUACAAUCCAGAAACCCAUCAGUAUGAUAAGGUAGAACCAAUUGUGCAAGCCACAAACACUCUCAAGUUGCGGUUCUCGAGGGAGAAGGCGAGCGGCGAUGCAAAGACGACCAUGGAGAGAUUUGCAAGGUACAAGAGGAUCAUAGAUGGGUCUCCCAGGGAAGCCAACAAGUUACGGGACAAAUUGCGUAGGUACGUUUACAACAAAGUCGGUGUUGCCGAAAAUCAGCAUCCGUUUAUUAUUGAUCAUAUAUUCAAUGUGCUGCUUCGAGAAGCCGUCCCCGAUAAGAUUAUCGAGGUUCGAACAGUGAAUAUAAUAUAUAGAUAUACGGAGGAACGGCACCUGGAGUUGCUGUCGGAAGAUGCAGAUUAUUUAUACAAGGCCAAGCUGAUUCCGUCAACUGAAUCAUUCAUCGAGGCUUUAGAGGAAGCAGCGACUCCACCUGAUGAUGAAUUACAUUGUGCUAUUUGUAUGGAAAUGUUUGCACUGAGAAAAGAUAGCAGCAUUACUCAGUUGCCCUGCUCACACUAUUAUCAUCGAGAUUGCAUUGCCCCCUGGCUCCAAAUCAAUCAUGUCUGUCCUACUUGUCGACACCCUAAUGCUCCAUUUAGGCCAGGAAGCUAGCUAGCUGCAGUCCUGUCGCUAUCUUAUUUAAGGACAACCAAAAAGAGGUGAUUUCGAUUCCCAUUGCGUAGGUGCGGGCGACAAGAAUCAGGAUGUCAAGUGACAAGAACCCAAUUUCCUUGCUGGCUCCCUCCUCAGUGUCCUCCUUCUUCGCCACUGUUAAGACUCCUUGAUACAAGCCCUGAUGUUACAGUGGCCCGGUCUUUAUAUGAGCAAUCUAUAGAUGGGCAGCUUGCAGCCUCCAAGGGUCUCUGUUCCAGGACUGAUGCAGAGGGUAUUCUGAUCAAGGCCACACAC